AUGCUCACACGUCUGACCUUGCAGCGCGACGAGGAUUUCGACGUCUCCUACGAAGGGCUGCUGUCACUCUCGUCCCUUCUGGGCGAUGCGAAGCCUCGCGGGACUCCCGACGACAUCAUCGAGUCACUCCCGAGGGGAACGUAUCGCGAAUGGACACGACCAGGCGCCACCGAGGAGCGGUGCCCCAUCUGUCUCGACGACUAUCAACCAGACGACCCGUGCCUGCGCGUCUGCGGGUGCUCCCACUGGUUCCACGAGGGCUGUCUUCAGGUGCGUUGUCGCCCCUCCUUUCCCGCCACUCCCCGCAGACGCUCAAGUUCUGCUGUAGCAAUGGCUCAAGACUGCGCGCACAUGCCCCGUGUGCCGCGGGCGCGUCACCAGGCCACCACGUACUGA